AAAAACUAACCGACUCCUCUAAUAAACCUCCAUAUAAAAAGCAAAUCACUUCCAUUUUCUCAUUUUCCAAAAAUAAAAAUCAAGAAAUCCAGUUCUCAAUUUUCUCUUGUUCAAAUCCAUCACUUUUUUUUUAGUGAAAAAAGAGAAAUCAAUGGCGGACGUACAUAUGGGAGAGAGUGAGACUUUCGCUUUUCAAGCUGAGAUCAAUCAGUUACUGAGUUUAAUUAUCAAUACCUUUUACACUAAUAAAGAGAUUUUCCUACGUGAACUAAUCAGCAAUUGUUCUGAUGCGUUGGAUAAGAUUCGGUUUGAGAGCUUGACGGAUAAAAGCAAACUUGAUGCAUUACCUGAGCUUUUUAUUAGGAUUGUUCCUGAUAAGGUGAAUAAGACGCUUUCCAUAAUUGACAGUGGUAUCGGUAUGACUAAAGCAGAUUUAGUGAACAAUUUGGGGACAAUCGCAAGGUCCGGGACAAAGGAGUUUAUGGAGGCAUUACAGGCAGGAGCUGAUGUUAGUAUGAUUGGGCAAUUUGGUGUUGGUUUCUACUCUUCCUAUCUUGUGGCUGAGAAAGUUGUGGUGACGACCAAGCACAACGACGACGAGCAGUAUGUGUGGGAGUCGCAAGCUGGUGGAUCGUUCACUGUUACGCGUGACGUCAAUGGAGAGCCACUCGGGAGAGGGACUAAGAUCACCCUCUACUUGAAGGAAGAUCAGGUGGAAUACUUGGAAGAGAGGAGAAUAAAGGAUCUCGUGAAGAAACAUUCCGAGUUCAUUAGCUAUCCGAUUUACCUCUGGACUGAGAAGACCACCGAGAAGGAAGUUAGCGAUGAUGAAGACGAGAAAGGCAAGAAGGAACAAGAAGGCGACGUAGAAGAAGUCGACGAGGAUAAAGAGAAGGGCAAAAAGAAGAAAAAGAAGAUUAAGGAAGUGACUCAUGAAUGGGAGCUAAUCAACAAGCAGAAACCGAUCUGGCUCCGCAAGCCUGAAGAAGUGACUAAGGAGGAGUAUUGUUCUUUCUACAAGAGUCUGACGAACGAUUGGGAGGAUCCUCUUUGCUGGAAACACUUCUCUGUUGAGGGACAGCUCGAGUUCAGGGCGAUCCUCUUUGUUCCAAAGAGAGCUCCGUUUGAUCUGUUCGACACGAGGAAGAAGCUUAACAAUAUUAAGCUCUAUGUGCGUAGAGUUUUCAUAAUGGACAAUUGCGAAGAACUCAUUCCCGAUUACCUUGGCUUUGUUAAGGGUGUGGUGGAUUCUGAUGAUCUUCCGCUCAACAUUUCACGUGAGACGCUUCAACAGAACAAGAUUUUGAAGGUUAUCAGGAAGAAUCUUGUGAAGAAAUGCAUCGAAAUGUUCUUUGAGAUCUCUGAGAACAAAGAGGAUUACAACAAAUUUUACGAAGCGUUCUCAAAGAACAUCAAGUUGGGCAUUCACGAAGACGUCCAAAACAGAACCAAACUCUCUGAUCUUCUCAGGUUCCACUCGACAAAGAGCGGUGAUGAGAUGACUAGUUUGAAGGACUACGUCACGAGGAUGAAAGGAGGGCAGAAGGAAAUCUACUACAUUACUGGCGAGAGCAAGAAAGCUGUCGAGAACUCUCCGUUCCUCGAAAAGCUCAAGAAGAGAGGAUAUGAAGUUCUUUUCAUGGUUGACUCAAUCGAUGAGUACGCGAUCGGGCAAUUAAAAGAAUACGACGGAAAGAAACUAGUAUCUGCCACUAAAGAAGGGCUAAAACUUGAAGAAACAGAAGAAGAGAAGCAGAAAAAGGAAGAAAAGAAGAAAUCAUUUGAGAACUUGUGUAAAGUCAUCAAAGAUAUUCUUGGUGACAGAGUCGAAAAAGUGGUAGUUUCCGACAGGAUCGUUGACUCCCCGUGCUGCUUAGUAACUGGAGAAUAUGGUUGGACAGCAAACAUGGAGAGGAUAAUGAAAGCACAGGCAUUAAGGGAUAGUAGCAUGAGCGCUUACAUGUCGAGUAAAAAGACGAUGGAGAUAAAUCCGGACAACGGCAUAAUGGAGGAGUUGAGAAAGAGAGCUGAGGUUGAUAAGAAUGAUAAAUCUGUUAAGGAUUUAGUGCUGCUGCUUUUUGAGACUGCUUUGUUGACAUCUGGUUUCAGUCUUGAUGAUCCGAACGCGUUUGCUGCGAGGAUUCAUAGGAUGUUGAAGUUAGGUCUUAGUAUCGACGAAGAUGAGGCAAGUGGAGAUGAUACUGAGAUGCCUGUAUUGGAAGAAGAGGGUAAUGAGGAGAGUAAAAUGGAGGAAGUUGACUGAGAAACAUCAAUUAGAAGUAGCAUGUCUGAAUAUAUAUAAAUAUUUGGUAGGGUUGUUUUGUGGCUUCUUAUCCCCUCCGGGGUAGGGGUAAGGUCUGCGUACAGUUUGCGUACAUUCUACCC